AUGCCAGUGCGGGACCGCGAGCAACCCGACCGGCGACAGGGCUCCGAGAGCUCUGGAAACAGCAGUCUGGUAUCCCAAAAGACCGUCCGGAACGAGGAUCCACGUCGAGCUCAAAACCAACAGCCUUCCAAUGGUCUCGCUGACCCGUUCCCGGGUCGCUUGAGCAUGGAUAAGCCUGACGCGUCGCAGCCCCCCAAGAUCGACUGGGGAACCUCCAUGUGGUCAUGGAGCUCCCCGGAUAACUCUCCCGUUGAGAAGCGCAAAAGCUCUGGCUUAAGCAACCAUCGCAAAGCUUUGGCGGUCUUAGGCAACGAAGAUAAUCCGUCCCAGUCGUCCUCGUCGAGCCCCCGACCCCAGCCCCUCAACCCGUCUCGCCCCGACCCGGAUGACUUGGAGUCGAUUGCCCCAUGGGCUACAGCCCCCGGCACAGGCGCAUCGGAUGGCCCCGGUACGUUUUAUAAUGAUUUUUCCGAGCACGAGCCGUCCCCUGCGUCAGCUACAUUUCGCCCCGCAACUGGUCGCACGAUAUCCAGCGAACCAGCCGAGUUGGAUUACAACGGGGAACAUCGAAGACCGUCUGUCGCAAGUGCAACCACGGUGAGCAGCCAAGGGUCAAGGUCCAGCAUUGGCCAGAAGCUUCGCAAGAAAAAAUUGCAGGGCUUUUUUGGUGAUGAGUACUCCUCUCCUGGUGAACAUCGACCGGAGCCCGAGGAAGGUUCCCAGACCAGGCGCGGGGGUCCGGUCGAUCAGUUAAAGGCGCGUGAACGAGCCAACUCGGACAGUUCACGUCACGGAUCAGAAAGUUCGGAGGGAGGGUCGUCGCAGCGCCAGUCUCGGCCACGCGCCAAGGGCCCGUUUCCUUCGAGUGACGUCGCUCCGUGGGUGUAUCAAAGCUUCAAUGAUAUUCCUCAGUACGGAGAAGCGCCCGUGCGACAAGUACCCAUCGGCCCCGACGGCCAGCGACUCGCUCCACAGGAAACAGACAGCUCUUCCCGCAGAGACUCAAGUCGCAGGGCGCAUAAUGGCCAUCGCUAUUCCCGAAGCAAAGAGGAAAAGCCGACCCUUGCCGGGGAUCUCGCCGGAUACCAAUCUCAAACCGGCAACGGCCGAGAUGACACGUCUCUUAGUUUACGGCCAUUCAAUGAGACCUAUCUAAACUCGUCGACGGCCAUGAGCUCGUCCACGACCCUCGGCGGUCGGUCAACGAGCCCAACCCCCAGCGUACAGAGUGCUAUUUUUCGCGACGGCGCUCAUAACUCUCCUGGGGGUCCGCCGCACAAGCGGAGUCUUUUGCACAAAAUCCGACAUCAUCUGCCAGGGUCCAACAAGCCCCACGACAAAUCAAAACGGGACAGCUCUCCAGCUCGACGAGGCAGGCAAGGCAGCAUCGAGGACUCGGGAGACUCGGACCGAAAGAAAGAAUCUGGGAAAGGUCUUGGUAUUGGACCGGGCAAGUUUCGCAACCGUCGGGGUUUCAGCAAUCUGGCCGGGGACCUUCAUGGUCCCAAGGAUGAACGGGCCCAGGAAGAAGGCAAACACGUUUGGACGCUUGACACCGACCUCGGCGAUAUGCAGGACAUCGUUCGCACGACUUCCCAAGGACAUAUACCGACUGGGCCAGACGGGACAGUCACCCCUCACGAAGAUGCGAUGAGGCCCGAUUCUUCAGGACCGGGGAAUUGGAACGCCCCCGAGAGUUGGCAUGUCAAAAGGCAUCACGAUCUUGUUCUGGAAGCCCCAGGAGCAGUUCCAAAGCCUACUUCUGGGCUUCGCGACCGCGAUGGAACCUCUUACUUUAUACGAGUCUUCCGGAUUGAUUCAACUUUUGCAACGCUAUCUGCUGGGGUGAAUGCGAGUGUUUCAGAGAUACUGCUCAUGCUUGGUCGCAAAUCGUUUCUGCAAGAUCAUCUCAACAACUACGAGAUUGUCCUGCGGACAAAUGAUCUUUCGCGACAACUUGACCACAAAGAGCGCCCCAUUUUGAUGCAGAAGCAGCUCCUCGAGCAAGUCGGUUACACCGAGAAAGAUCACAUUGAGGACAUUGGUCGUGAAGACCACAGCUACCUCUGUCGUUUUAUCUUCUUACCGACCAAGCUCAGCGGCUACACUAGCCUUGAGAGUGACCCGGGGUUUAAUAAGAUGCAAAAGUUCAGCCAUGUGGACUUGCAAGGGCGGAGUCUGGUCACGAUUCCAAUCACCCUGUACAAGAAGGCCUCGGAAAUUAUCUCACUGAAUCUCUCACGGAACUUGUCGUUGGACGUGCCCAAGGACUUCAUUCAAAGCUGCAUCAACCUGCGGGAGAUCAAAUUCAUUGGGAACGAGGCGUUGCGUCUUCCCGCGAGUUUCAGUCUCGCUAGCCGGCUGACCUACCUGGAUGUGUCGAACAAUCGCUUGGAGCAAUUGGAUCAUGCGAACCUCGACCAACUUACGGGUCUCGUCAGCAUCAAAAUGGCGAAUAACCGAUUAACAAAACUGCCCAGCUAUUUUGCGAACUUCCAGUCUCUGAGAAGCCUGAACAUGUCAUCGAAUGGGUUCAAGGUCUUCCCCGAGUUUCUGUGCAAACUGAAGAGUCUCGUCGAUCUCGACUUCAGCUUCAACAGUAUCGAAAAGCUUCCUAAUAUUGGUCGUUUGACUACCCUCGAGCGGAUUUGGAUGACGAACAACAACCUGAGAGGAGCCCUUGACGAGUCUUUCGGAAAUCUCGCCAAUCUCCGGGAAAUUGACGGACGUUUUAACGAGAUCACUAAUAUCGAUCACCUCUCUCGCCUGCCACGCCUCGAACAACUGUUUUUCGGCCACAAUCUCAUCUCGCGCUUCCGUGGUGCCUUCCCAAAGUUGCGCAGCCUGCACAUGGAUCACUGUCCCCUGACCCAAUUCGAUAUCGAUGCUCCGAUGCCAACGCUGACCUCACUCAACGUCGCCUCUGCCAAGCUCUCGCAGGUCCGGGAUACCAUGUUCGAGAACUUGCCGAAUGUCACAAAGCUCGUUCUUGACAAAAACCAUCUGUCGUCGGUUUCAACACUGAUCGGCAAACUCCGGCGACUGGAACAUUUCAGCGUCAUCAAGAACCCCCUUUCCUCCUUACCCAUCACUAUUGGAUGCCUCGCGGAGCUCAAGUAUCUCAAUUUGAGAGAAUGUAACUUGACUUCCUUGCCGUCGGAGAUCUGGCAUUGCGCCAAGCUGGAAACUCUCAACGUCUCUUCUAAUCUUCUGUCCAGCUUUCCAAAGCAUGGUGCACCGGUUCCUCAGUUCCCUGGUGAACCAUCCACUACACCUAUGAACACCCCAGGCAUUUCAGAGAUCCCCAAUUAUGAGGAACUUGGCCCGCUCGACGAACCCGAGUUUCGCCGCCCUAGUCAAACGUCAACCGGUGUCACAAGCUCCGGAUCACCAAGCGACUCUUAUCGAAACCCCUCGAUCACACCAUCACAUCCAGGCGGACGAAAGGUGUCUACGGCGUCGCGAUCAGCUACUGAAGUUAGCUCCGCUUCUCGGAAGGAUUCAAACUUUUCUCAACAUGUGGCAAUGACCUUUGCGGGAUCUCUUCGAAGCCUCUUCCUUGCUGAUAAUCGACUCGAGGACGACGUUUUCCGUGAACUGUCCUUAAUACCAGAGCUGCGCAUUGUCAAUCUUUCCUACAAUGAAUUGACCGAGUUGCCCCAGGGUCUCCUCAAGCGAUGGCCCUUCCUUUCAGAGCUCUACCUCUCGGGCAAUGAGCUUACUUCGCUCCCAUCCGACGAUUUGGAAGAGGGAAGCAAUCUUAAAGUCCUCCACAUCAACGCCAAUCGAUUUCAAGUUCUUCCGGCAGAGCUCUGCAAGGUCAGCAAGCUCUCUAUUUUGGACGUGGGGAGCAACGGAUUGAAGUACAACGUGUCGAACUGGCCCUAUGACUGGAAUUGGAAUUGGAACCGAAACCUCAAAUACCUGAAUUUCUCCGGCAACAAACGCCUGGAAAUCAAACCCAACAUAGCCUCUUUGGGGCCUCCAGUCAGCAGUGGUGCUGAUUUGACCGACUUCAACUCCUUAACUCAUCUUCGCGUUUUGGGGUUGAUGGACGUGACUCUCACGAUUCCAACGAUCCCGGAGGAGACAGAAGACCGCCGUGUGAGAACUUCGGCCUCGCUGGCUGGGUCGCUCGCCUAUGGAAUGGCUGACACGCUUGGGCGGACCGAGCAUCUAUCCAUUAUUGACAUGAUCGUCCCCCGUUUGAGACCGGAUAAUGUGGAAACCCUGAUGGGUAUGUUCGAUGGCCAGACUUUGUCCAGUGACGGCUCCCGAGUCGCGAAGUACCUGCACGAGAACUUUACCUCAACAUUCUCCUAUGAGCUGAAGAGGCUCCAGCCAGAACAAGAUGAGACGCCGCUUGACGCACUCCGGCGGACGUUUUUGGCGCUGAACAAAAACAUGGCGGGGUCUGCCUACCGGUCUAUUGAUGACCGCGAGGUCAGGCAGUACCAGCGUGGGUCGAAUGCAGCGAAGAUGCUCAAUCAGGACGACAUCCAGUCAGGAGGUGUUGCGACCGUGUUGUAUCUGAACAAUAUGGAUCUGUAUGCCGCGAAUGUGGGUGAUGCUCAGGCUAUUCUCGUGAAAUCGAAUGGUUCUCUGCGUUACUUAACGCAGAACCAUGACCCUGCCGAGGACAAUGAGCGAGCGCGCAUUCGCGCUGCGGGAGGAUUCGUAUCUCGCAACGGCAAGCUCAAUGAUAUUCUUACUGUGUCGCGGUGCUUUGGGCACUUCCCCAUGAUGCCUGCCGUCAUUGCAGCUCCUAGCACCAUGCACGCCACCCUAACCGAGCAAGAUGAAAUGAUUGUCUUGGCUUCGAAGGAACUGUGGGAUUACGUGUCACCUGAGUUGGUGGUCGAUAUCACACGGGGCGAACACCCGGAUUUGAUGAUCGCUUCUCAAAAACUGCGGGAUCUGGCCAUCUCUUUUGGUGCCACCAAUAAACUCAUGGUGAUGAUCCUUGGUGUCGGAGAGCUUCAAAAGCGACAGAAGAAGUGGUUGCGUCCCAGUAUGCAGCUCGGCCCAUCUGCGUUCCCCGAAGAGCAGAUCAUUCCAAGCACCAAGCGCACCAAGAAGACUCGUGAUUACCCAGGUGAUUCUAGGCUGGCUCGUUUCGACUAUGUCGAUGCCCCGACCGGCGAACUGGCUAUCAUCUUCACUGACAUCAAAAAGUCAACGGGCCUGUGGGAGAUGUGUCCAGAUGCAAUGCGCUCUGCCAUCCAGAUUCAUAAUGAUAUCUUGCGCCGACAACUUGGGAUCAUCGGUGGUUACGAGGUCAAGACAGAAGGUGACGCCUUCAUGGUGGCCUUCGCAACCACUACCGCUGCCUUGCUCUGGUGUUUUAAUUGCCAGAAUCAGCUCCUCGAGGCCGAAUGGCCGACGGAGAUUCUGGAACAACCGCAGUGUCGGGUUGUGUAUGACAUGGAAAACAACGUCAUCUUCCGUGGGUUAUCCGUCCGCAUGGGUGGCCAUUGGGGCGAGCCUGUCUGUGAGAAAGAUCCCGUCACCAACCGUAUGGAUUACUUCGGUCCCAUGGUGAAUCGGGCGUCUCGAAUUUCCGCUGUUGCCGACGGAGGACAGAUCUUUGUCUCGUCAGACUUCAUGAGCGACGUCCAUCGCAACCUUGAGUUCUUCGCUGGUAGCGAACGUUCUGCAUCUACCAGUUCGACUGACAGCCAUCCCCGUGGCGAUAGCCUUGGUCACCAUAUCCGCCGCGAGCUGCAGCAGCUCAACAGUCAGGGUUUCGUCAUCAAGGACCAGGGCGAGCGCAAGUUGAAGGGCCUGGAAAAUCCUGAGCCACUUUACCUUGUCUUCCCUCAUUCGCUUGCCGGUCGCUUAACCACAUUGGAGGAAGAGCAAGACAAGGAAGGUCCCGAGGCGUUCCUGAGCCGGAACACGCAACUGGAGAUUCGAACUGAGGCGAUUUGGCGCCUUUGGGAGGUUACGCUUCGUCUUGAACGCAUCUGCGGCGCUCUGGAGAACCCCGGUGAAGCGCGACUGCGGGAGCCAAAUGUCGCUCUCUUCAACACGGUUAAAAAGUACGGAGGCGAGCUGAAUGACUCAACGGUCCUGAGCCUGGUUGACCAGCAGGUUACUCGUAUUGAAGUCACCAUCAACACACUCUCUCUGCGACACAUGAUGCGUCCCUUCAAGUCAGGCAAUACUCUCCAAGACCACGCCGUCCCCAUUGGCGAAGUGAUGCAGCAGCUCCAAACCCAACUCGCCGAGUACCGGGCUCUCAAAGAGCAGAUUGCCGUCGGCGCCGUCGGUCCCAAUGUUGGUCCUCCCCCCGCUCAAUACGGCGGCGUCUCUAUGCACUCGUCUGGCAGCCUGGACAGCAAUCUCGCUUCUUCUGCCUCGUCUUCUUUCUUGCAACUUCCCGGCCCUUCUGAUACCCCCCGCUCGUUCGACUUGGCCCGCAGUGGUCAUUGA